AUGCAGGGCGAUGGGGACGCGAAGAAGGCGGCCAUGAGGGCUGCCGGCCUCAAACGGUUGGAAGAGUUCAAGAGGCGCAAGGGCCAGCGCGCCGGAGGGACGUCCGCGGAGGGUUCGGCGGCGACGUCGGCAGCCACCACUCCCGUGAAGUCCAUCCCGGUGCCGGCCGCGGACCAACCCGCCGCAGGCAGCGCGCAGGGCGCGCACGCGACUCUGCCGAGCGCGUCGCUCGCGGCAGCUCCCGCCCCGGCUGCUGCGGCCGUCGCCGUGCAGCCCCAGGGCGCCAACAUGCAUCAGCCAGCGCCUGACGCCCCGGCAACUGGCCAGGCGCUCGCAUCGGAGCAACAGUCCGACCCAAAGGCGCAUGACACAGCGCUGCGUGUCCAGGCACACCCGCAGACUGCCCCCCUGCGCUCGCCGCAGCCGUCCGCCGCGACGGCCGCGUCCACACGUCCGUCCGUCGACUCCCUGCCCGGGUCCCAGGCCGCGCAGACGCCCCCGACGCAGUCCGAGACCCCCCCCGCCGCGUCAGGCGACGCCGACACCCAGGCCGCGCACGCGGCCGAGCUCGAGUCGUACAAGAAGAAGCUCAUGGCUGCCGUGAAGAAGGGCAAGCAGCUCGAGCGCGACAAGGCUCGGAUCGAAGCGGAGCUGCAGCGUCUGUUGGCCAUCAACGAACAGGAGGCGUUCUCCGGUGGGGGCGGCGCCUCGGCCGAGGAGCUCGCGGCAGCGCAGCGGGAGCGCGACGAGGCCCUGGCGCGCGCCGCGGCGGCGGAGCGGGCGCUGGAGGACGCGGAGAGCCGCAACGCGGAGGACGCGGAUGCGGUGCAGGGCAAGCUGAUUGCGCUGCGGUCGGCGCUCGAGGAGGUCGGGGGCGAGAAGGAGGCGGCGGAGGCGCGCGUGCAGGAGCUGGCGGCGCAGCUGUCGGAGCGCGACGCGGUCGGCGCGGAGGAUCGGCGGGCUGCGGAGGCGGCGGAGGCGCGGGCGGCGGAUGCGGAGGCGCGCGCGGCGUUCGCGGACGGCGCGGUGCGGGAGUUGAGGGAGCAGAUCGCGCGGCGAGAGGCGGAGAUGAGCGCGGAGGUCGCGCGGGCGCAGCGGGAGGCGGAGUCGUUGCGGUCGCAGGUGCAGGCCGGCGGUGACGCGGGGGCGCGCGCGGCGGAGGCUGAACGGGCGCUGGCGGAGCGCGACGAGCGUCUGAGCGGGCUCGAGGAGCAGCUUGCGGCGCGGGACGCGAGGGUCGCGGAGCUGGAGGCGGCGGCAGCAGCGCACGCGAACGCGGCGGGGGCCGCCGAGGGGCUGCGCGGCGAGGUCGCGGCGCUCCGGGAGGAGCUCGCGGCCGAGCACGCGAAGGCGCAGGAGGCGUUCGAGGCCGCGGAGGUGGCGCGGCGCGAGGCUGCGGAGCUGCGCAGCAGCGAAGCAGCGGCGGCGGACGCCGAGUCGCUUCGCGGCGAGAUCGCGUCGCUCGAGGCGCGCGUCUCCGAGCUCGUCGAGCAGCUCACCGCGAAGGACGCCGAGAGCGCGGACCUCGCGCGGCGGCUGCAGGAGGCCGAGGACGGCGCAGCCGCGGGGCGCAGCGACGCGCAGCAGGCCGCGGAGGCGGCCGAGGCGCGGCUGCGCGGCGAGAUCAAGGCGCAGGAGAGCAAGGCGCGGGAGCAGGUCGAGCAGGCCGAGGCCCUCGCCGCGCUGCGCAUCGACGAGACCGCACAGCGCAUGGCGUCCCUGCAGUCGGACUUGGACGCCGCGACCGCGAAGCUGGCGAGUUACGGGAACGUGGACGAGCUGCGGCGGCAGCUGGAGACGUCGCAGGCGCAGCAGGCGGCGAUGCAGGCGCAGAUCGAGCGCCUGGCGGCGCAGCUGGGGGAGUCUGCGAACGAGGGAUCGGAUCUUGGGGUGGAGUUGGAGGAGGCACGUGGGCGCGUGGCGGAGCUGGAGGCGGAGCUGGAGCGGCUGUACGGGGUCGAGGGGGAGCUCGGGGAGGCGCGGCGGGAGGCGGCGGCGCAGGGCGAGGCCGUGGCGACGCUCGAGGCCGCUCUGGAGGACCGGGACUCGAGGAUGCGGGACUACCGGCGCGAGGUGGAGUCUCAAUUGGAGGCGACGUGGCAGGAGCGCGUGGACGCGGCGGCGCGCGACGCCGCGGGGGAGAUCGAGGAUCUCCGCGCGCAGCUCGCGGCGGGGGCCGACCGCGAGGGGGCGGCGCGUGCGGAAAUCGAGGCGCUUCGCACGCAGCUGGCGGACGCAGAGGCCAAGGCAGCGGCGGGCGCCGGCGGGGGCACCGAGGUCGAGGAGGCGCUCGCGCUGGCGGAGGAGCUCGACGGCCGCCUGGCGGAGGCGAACGCGCAGCUCGCGGAAGCGCAGGCGGCCAGCGCGGGCGUGCACGACCUUCGGCGCGAACUGCAGGGCUGGCAACAGGCCGCGGAGGGCGCGCAGCACACCGUCGCGCAGCUCCAGGCGCGCGUCAAGGAGCUCGAGCAGGCUGCGCACCGCGGAAGCGACGCCGACGCCAGCGAGCGGCGCGCGGCGGAGCUGCAAGCGCAGCUGGAUGCGGCGCUCUCGGACGCGGCAGGGCUGCGCGGGGAGGUCGAGAGGCUGCAUGCGGAGGCGGCGGAGCUGCGGAGCGCGUCCGCACGGGCGCCGGCGGGCGACAGCGGCGCGAGGACGCGCGAGCUCGUGGCGAUGCACGAGCAGCAGCUCGCCGAGGUAUGCGAGCAGCGGGACGGCUUGCGGUCGCAGCUGGACGCGGCGCAGCGGCGCGCGCGCGAGGCCGAGGAGGCGUACCUUGCGGUCCAGCGGCACAGUGCGGGCGGUGCGGGCGGGAAGAAGGACGACAGUGAUUUGGAGGGGGGGUCAAGCGGGGUGGCGACGGUGACGCUGCAGCCGUCGUCGACGCUGCUGCUGCGGCUCCCGCCGAGCCUGCGGGCGGAUCCGCGCGUGAAGAAGGCCGCGGACGCGCUGGACAAGGGCGCGGCGAACGUCAUGCGCAGCGCGCCGAUACGCGUCGGUGCAGCGGCGUACGUGUUGUUCCUGCACCUGGCGCUGCUGGUCGAGCUGAUCUGA